AUGCAUCAACAUCAUCGACGGGCAACCAAUGACUGUUACGAACAAAUGAUGAUCCACGAAUUGAAGCUCAAGAAAUGUAAGUUAUCGCGUUUGUAUCGAAUGGUUAGAAAUUUCAAAGCGUUGAUCUGUCUUGACUUAUAUCAUCUUCACACAUGUCGAGUAGAUAGAAUUAAUCAUAGAAUCGUAGCAUCAAAAGAACUAGAGAUUAAGGAAAAUCAUCAGAAUAAGUUAAAUAAGUUCCGUAAUAAACAACGUCCAGCAAAUGAACUAAACAAAUCUACGUUAUCACCAAUAACUAAUCCAUCGAAGAGAAUUCUAACUGAUAAAGAAAUAAGUAUUUUGGAAAAUGGUUUGAAUUUUGUAUUGCCGACUGAUAAAUUCGACGAAAUGACAUUCAUCAGCAAUAUUGAAGCCUUUUUUGUUGAAUUGUUGGGUCAUUAUAUUGAUAAAAGAGAUUAUGAAGAGAAAGAUGUUGAUGAGAAGAUAAAAUAUAAUUUGACACCGAUUCAAUUACAAUUUGCUAACAGAGUACGAUCUGUUUGUAACACUUUUCUUAACACGUUCGAGAUUGUAGAAGUUGAUGAAACCAUAACACAAGAAGAUAAAUUGAUACGAAAAUUGAAACAAUUAAGAAACGAAGGAUUCAUAACAGAAAAAGAAUUCAAUUUUUGUCGUCCGUGA